AUGGAUAUAUUUUGUGAGCUUCAGUGUGCUGAACACCGUUUUUGUGUCGCAUAUAAUUACAAGAAAAAAGCCGAUGAAAAAAAGUUUAAUUGUCAGCUAACCAACACGACUGAGCAUAAAUUUGACGAGCAUGAAGUUGGGAAGGAAGAGCAAGUGUGGACGUUUUACAAGAUUAACGUGGACAGAAGUCAAUUUGCUACCUGCAGAGGAGAAAUGAAUGAAUGUCAUAACGGAGGGAUCAUGAUUUGGGAUCCAGAAAAAGAGUAUUUGUGUCAGUGUUUGGAUUGCUACGAAGGAAGUCGUUGCGAAAACGUGCUUGCGAAACCUCUUGGGAUGGCAAAUGGUAUUAUUAGUAAUAACCAAAUCAAUGUAUCAAGCGAAUGGAAAGGUCAAGUUCAUCCAAACAGAGGGAGAUUAAACAUGACAGGGGCAUGGUCAUCAGAUGAAAAAGAUCUUAAUCAGUGGUUUCAGGUUGAUUUCCAAAGAUCUACUCUGGUCACAGGAAUCAGUACCCAAGGACGCACCAAUCUUAAUCAGUUUGUUAAAAGUUACAUUGUUUCAUUCAGCCAAGCUGGAGAUAAUUUUCAGAUUUAUACUCAAGAAGGAAAAAUCAAGAGAUUCAAAGGUAACAACGACCGGAAUUCCAUUGUCCAUCACAUCGUGAUUCCUCAUAUUUCUGCUCGGCUCAUUCGCAUUCAUCCAACGGCCUGGUAUGGACAUAUCUCGAUGAGAGUCGAAUUUUAUGGUUGUUCAUAA